UUUAAAGGGUUUUGACAGUGACCUUCUUUGUCCUCCUCUCCAAUGGAUACCAGUAAGAGUGAACUUCUUUGCCCCCGCCAUAAGCAUAAGCUUGUUUGGCUUCCUAGCGGACACCGUUACUACUGCAGGGGAUGCAAAGACCAGGGAUUGAAUGGGAGAUAUCUAUGUCGUCAUCCAGAUUGCGCCGAUUCCGAUUCCGAUUUCGAUUUCGAUUUCGUGCUGCAUCGAGAGUGUGCCCAACUACCUGAUGUGUACCAGAAGCCAAAUUUAGCUGCUGAGGAGUUAUAUUUCCACUCUCAGACAAGAUUCCGGAACAAUUGCAGCGCUUGCAAGAAGCCCAUCAGAGCUUCUGCGCCGAAAGAUGUCAGGGUUGGCGAUAUGAAUGCACACUGUGCCGCUAUACCCUAGAUUUGACCUGUGCAAAAUUGGAUACGCAGGGCCUUCUAAUCCAUCGUAAACCCCCAGCUACUUUACAAGGAGGAAAUCGGAUUGAUAAUUCAAACCGGACAGGUAAUAUUGUUGAAGGAUUUGCAUCAGGCUUUGUCGGUGCUGUGAUUGCAGAAAUUUUAAGCGAUGCUGUUUUUUGAUUUAGUAAAUCCUGUCCUCCGCAGGUUACUCGCUGUAAUGUUUUCAGCUGGACCUGUUUUUAAUAGAUGUAUAUUUGAAAGAUUUAGUAAUCCUUACCUGGACCUAUUUUGCAGUUAUAAUAAGUGUUUGCUCGAAACAUUUAGUAAUCCCUACCUGCUGCUUCAGUUAUAAUGCAUGUAUGCUCGAAAUAUUUAGUAAUCCCUACCGGCUUCAGGGUAGUCGGUAUGAUGUUUACAACUGGACAUAAUUUUACCUUGAAAACUUUGUUAAAGAAAAAAUAAAUUCGGUUUUCUUUGA